AUGCUCACUCGACGGAGGAACAACAUCUCCAAACCAAAUCCCAAAUAUAAUUAUGCUGCUGCGCUUUCACGAAGUAUACCAGCUGGACCUCAAACGGUUAAACAAGCUCUAGAGGAUAAGAAGUGGCGUGGUGCUUUGUCAGUUGAGAUUGAUGCCUUUGCCCGCAAUCAAACCAUGAAGCUCGUCCCUCGUCAACCUCACUUCAAUGUCGUUGGUUGUAAGUGGCUUUUUAAAAAUAAAUUUAACUCUGACGAUUCUCAUCACAGAUGUAAAGCACGUCUCGUUGCUAAAGGGUUUAAUCAGCAAUAUGGUCAAGACUACACAGACACAUUCAGUCUUGUAAUCAAGUCCACAAUAAAACGGUUAGUCCUCGGUGUUGCUGUCACAAGAUUAUGGCCUAUUCAACAACUCGACGUCAAUAAUGCCUUCUUACAAGGAACACUCACGGAAAAGGUCUACAUGGAGCAACCACCCGGCUUUGUUGACACUGAUAAGCCUGACCAUGUACGUCGUCUUCGGAAAGCCAUCUACGGACUCAAACAAGCACCAUGUGCGUGGUACACCAAACUUUGCACCUUCCUUCUCAGUCUCGGCUUCUGGAACUCACUGUCUGACACAUCUCUCUUUGUGCUCCAAGUAGGCAAUGAAUUUAUCAAUCUUCUUGUCUAUAUUGAUGACAUUCUUGUCAUAGGAAGCAGCGAAACAGGCAUAACGAAGAUCCUUCAUCCUAUUAGCUGA